AAUGACUGCAGCACUGCUGGGACAGUAUCGAGAGAGAAUCCGGACUGAACUGGACAGAGUCGUGGAUUUCUGGCUGAAAUAUUCCCAUGACAAAGAACAAAGUGGUUUUUUUAACUGCCUUGGAAAAGAUGGGAAGGUCUAUGAUGAGCUGAAAUAUGUGUGGUUGCAAGGGAGACAGGUCUGGAUGUACAGCAGGCUGUAUCGUACAAUGGAAAGAUUUCACAGACCUGAGAUUCUUGACGCUGCUAAAUCAGGUGCUGCAUUUCUGCAAAAGUUUGCUCGAGUUCAGACCUCCAGCGGCCCGGGGAAAUGUGCCUUCUGCCUGACGAGAGACGGGCGAGCAGUGAAGGUUCAAAGGACGAUAUUCAGCGAGUGUUUUUAUGUGAUGGCCAUGGAUGAGCUGUCCAGAAUUACACAAGACCAAGAGAUGCAGGCAGAUGCUGAGAGCAUGAUGGAUCGGUUGAUAUUCUGGGUACAGAAGGAUUCAUCAGAUCUCAGUCGUCCUCAACUUCCUGGUGAUCCGCCAAUCAACAGCAUGGCAGUUCCCAUGAUGCUCCUGUGCCUGGUAGAUCAGCUGACAGAGGGUAGAACUGAUGUUGCAGAAAAGUACAAAGACCUGAGCGGAUGGUGUGUGGAGCGGAUACUACAGCAUAUACAGAGAGAUGGAAAAGCUAUUUUGGAAAAUGUCACGUUGAAUGGAAAGGAACUUCCUGGCUGUCAAGGGCGUUUGCAGAAUCCUGGUAAAUGAUCAUUUCAGAAUUUAACAGGAUGAAUAAAUAAAUAUGAAUAAAGCCUCCUCAUGAAUUCUCAAAUUAGUUUGUUAACUUGUUUAUCUCCAUCUGAUAAAGAAUCUUGCAGUAAAUCCAACCUCACUGCCACUUUCCUCAAAAGUUCAGCAUCUGUUACUAUCAGUGGCGUCUCU